AUGGGAACUUCUUGGUUGUUGGCUACAUUUUCCGUCAUUAUUCUCUAUGGUUUUGCUCAUAUUGAAGCUUUCCAUCAAACUCAUUCUUCUAUCUUUAAUUUGAACCAAACAUAUAAACCUUCUUUUCACUUCCAACCUUCCAAGAAUUGGAUGAAUGAUCCUAAUGGUCCUAUGAGAUACAAGGGACUAUACCAUAUGUUCUACCAACACAACCCAAAAGGUGCUACAUGGAGCAACAAUAGCAUUGUUUGGGGGCAUUCUGUUUCAAAAGAUCUAGUGAAUUGGUUCCCAUUACAACAUGCUCUUACCCCUUCUCAACCGUAUGACAUCAAUGGUUGUUGGUCAGGUUCAACCACAUUUGUCUCUAAUGACAAACCAACCAUCUUAUACACAGGAAUUGACAUCCAUCAACACCAAACUCAAAAUUUAGCUAUACCCAAAAAUGUGUCUGACCCAUUUCUUAGGGAAUGGAUAAAAUCACCUAAGAACCCUAUAAUGUUGCCAAAUAUUGUUAACAAAAUUAAUGCAACAUCGUUUAGAGACCCUACAACUGCUUGGAUUGGUCAUCAUGAUGGAUUGUGGAGGGUACUUGUUGGAAGCCAACAAAAGGACAAUAGAGGAAUUACACUUUUAUUUAAAAGUAAAGAUUUUAUUAAUUGGAUUCAAGCUAAAUAUCCUUUUUAUUCAGCCAAAAAAAUUGGAAUGUUGGAGUGUCCUGAUUUUUUUCCUGUGUUGAUUAAUGGUACAUUUGGACUUGACACAUCAAUUAAGUAUGAUCAUGAUAGUAUUAGAUAUGUGCUUAAGGUUAGUUUAAUUGAUGUGUCACAUGAUUAUUAUUUGAUUGGUACUUAUGACACAAUCAAGGACGUGUAUAUUCCUAAAAAUGGAUUUGAGCAAAAUAACAAUGAAUUAACAUUGGUCAUAAGAUAUGAUUAUGGUAAGUUUUAUGCAUCUAAAACAUUUUACGAUGAUGCAAAAAAGAGAAGAGUCUUAUGGGGUUGGAUUAAUGAAUCUUCAAUUCGAGAGGAUGAUGUCCAAAAAGGAUGGUCUGGAAUUCAGGCGAUUCCUAGGACUCUCUGGCUUGAUAAAUCUGGGAAGCAAUUGAUCCAGUGGCCUAUAGUUGAAAUUGAAAAAUUACGUACCAACCCUAUUAACUUUAACUCCAAAGUGUUAAAGGGAGGAACAUUGCUUGAGAUUGUUGGAGUAACAGCAGCACAGGCUGAUGUUGAAAUUUCAUUUGAAGUGAAUGAACUUGAAAAGGCACAAGCAUUAGACCCUAGUUGGAAAAUGGACCCUCAACAUCUAUGUAAUGAAAAUGAUGCAAAAGUUAAAGGGGUAGGAUUAGGACCAUUUGGUUUACUAGUUUUGGCUUCAAAGGGCAUGCAAGAAUACACAAGAAUUUUCUUUAAGGUAUUUAGGGCAAACAAAAAGCACGUUGUGCUCAUGUGUAGUGACCAAUGCAGGUCUUCUUUGAAUCACAAGAACGAUUUGACCACAUAUGGAGCUUUUGUGGAUGUGGACCCUAUCCAUGAGGAGUUGUCAAUAAGAAGCUUGAUAGAUCACUCAGUAGUGGAGAGUUUCGGAGCAAAAGGAAAAACAUGCAUCACGGCAAGAGUUUAUCCAACGUUGGCAAUCAAUGAUAAAGCACACCUUCAUGCAUUCAAUAAUGGAACAGUUGAUGUUAAGAUCAAGAAGUUAAGUGCUUGGAGCAUGAAUAAAGCAAAUAUUAAUGAAAUUCAUUAAUAAUAAUCAAGAAAAAUAGUGGA